AAAGAUUUCGAUUACCGUUUUGUUCAUCGGCUAUAAAAGUGUUAACUGGUUCAGGGUUAGGCAUCAGUCAAGCAUUUGAACUUGUCAGAGAAAGUGAGGAAGAUCACAGCGCAAAAAAUAACAAAAAAUUAAACAACAUGAAGACAAUCAGUGUUGCAUUGUUUAUCACCGUACUGGCCGUGGUUAGCGCACAACCAGGCUAUAAGUAUCAACAACCACAAAUCGCACCAGCAGCGCCACCAGCAAGCCAUCAACAUCACCACCAUCAUCAUCAUUCAGUAUCACAAUCCGGUUCCGCUGCACCACUUCCCGGUCCCAUUUCCGCACCACCACCACCACAACAACCAAGCGCACUCUACUCGCCGGUACAAUCACCACCAUUGCAAUCAUUCAACCCAUCACCACAGAUCCCAUUGCCAUCACCACCACAAGAGAUCCCAUUGCCAGUGCCACAAGCGCCACCACAACAAGCCUACUUGCCCCCACAGCAGAACGGUGCAGUAUCCUCAAUCUCCCAGGGCCAUCAGCAACAGUUUGUGCAACAACAACAAGUAGUGCAAUUCGGUGGUGCACAGCAACAAUUUGGCGGUGCUGCACAACAACAAUUCGGUGGUGCUGCUCAACAGCAAUUCGGUGGUGCUGGACAACAGCAAUUCGGCGGUGCUGCACAACAACAAUUGGGCGGUGGUGCAUUCAGCUUCCCUUCAGGCGGUCAAGGCGGUUUCCAACAAAACUUCCAAUCAUUCCAACAACCACGCCAACAAACUGCCAUCAUCACCAAGGAUAUUUACAUUCACUCCGCACCUGAAGAUCAGGAAGAGACUUUGCUCGGCGGACCAUUGGAAAAUGGUCCAGUUCGCAAGAAUUAUCGCAUCGUUUUCAUCAAGGCACCAACACAUAAUCUCAAAUUGGCCAGCGCUGCAUUGAAACAUGCCCAGAAUGCUAACGAAGAGAAGACCGUCAUCUAUGUGUUGUCGAAGAAACCCGACUUGACCGAAGUGCAACAGCAAUUGCAACAGGCUCAAGGUCAACAGAAGACACACAAACCCGAGGUGUACUUCAUCAAAUACAAGACUCAGGAGGAGGCUCAACGCGCCCAACAGGAAAUCCAAGCUCAAUACGAUGCUCUUGGCGGUUCUACUCACAUUUCCGACGAAGGCAUUGCUCCACUCACUUCCGUCUCCGGCGGUUCUUUGAACUUGGGUGGCCCAAGCAAUAUUGGUAUUGCCCAGCAACAUUCGUCGUUCGUGCAGCAGAACUUCCAAUCGGCUGUCAACUAUGACGUGCCCACCAACAAAUACUUGCCAAUCAUCAAGAAGAAGUAAAGUGGUACGCGAGAAUUUUACAAAUUAAUUUAGUUAUUAGCUUUUAAGGCAUUCCCAUAUUCUCUGACUUGUUCAUGCAUUCUCUUUUCAAUCUAUACAAUCUACACUGGAUUCCUUUUUAUAAUUUUCUUCUGAAUCUUCUGAAUCAUGCGAGCACCACAAAUCGUGUCAUUCAUAUGCCAUUUACACACAAAUAGUUUAUAUUAAUUUAUUGAACGAAAU